AUGGUCGGGGCGUGUAUCGGGGUCUUCCUGUUGGCCGUGCUGUACGAGGGGCUGAAGAUGGGUCGCGAGGCGCUGCUGCGGCGCAGUCAGGUCAACGUGCGCUACAACUCCAUGCCGCUCCCCGGGGCUGAUGGGACGGUGCUGAUGGAGACGCACAAGACGGUCGGGCAGCGGAUGCUAAGCCCUGCCCACUUCCUGCAGACAGUGCUGCACAUUGUCCAGGUGGUCGUCAGCUACUUCCUGAUGCUCGUCUUCAUGACCUACAAUGCUUACCUCUGCAUCGCCGUGGCAGCCGGCGCCGGCAUGGGCUACUUCCUUUUCAGCUGGCGGAAGGCGGUGGUGGUCGACAUCACGGAGCACUGCCACUAGCCGCCACCGCCAGCCAGCGUCCGCUCGGAGGUUCGAUUCCUGCUGAUCACAAUCAAUCUGUUAGCGCUAGCUACUGGAACUACAAACCCCAGAAUGAGUCAGCACACUAAACUGCACGUCAGUUGGUAACCAUGGUAACACAAACACUUCUUUUGUUUGUUUAUUUGUUUUUGUGAACUCCUGCUGGUGGGCGAGCCGGCCAAUCACAGCUCAGAUCACAGGCGAGGGUUCUGAUUGGCCAAAUCACUUUGUUUUGUUUCCUGUUUGGUGCCAUGACGACAGCAGGGUUAGAGCUCGCUGCUGCCUCUACGGAGGCCCAGCAGUGUCAAAAUCAUUCAUUAGAACGAUCUGAGAGUCCGUCUGUAAACAAAAAACAACCUUUAAAAAAAUCUGCAAAAACACAAAUUCCACAAAUUAAAGUCCAAAACACUUUAACCCUUUUAAACCUCAGCAGGUCCACCUGAUCUCUUUCUUGACGAGAAAUGACCCCAAAGUUAGAAGAAAUUAGGAAAAAGUUUUACAAGAAUUACGAAAAUUACAUCCAAAGAAAAAACAGGAAAGUUAAAAAAACAAAACAAAAAAAAUGACCUGGAAAAAACAGCGUCUUAAA